UGGUAUUCUAAGGGUUGCUGAGAUGAAAUUUAGGGGUAAUUGAGCAGCUAAAAUCACCUCUAGUCUAAAAUAAAUAAAAUAAAUUAUAAAAAACUUGACCCAAGACUUCAGUCUUACAUAGAGCCACAAGGGGAAGACUCCUUGUGGUGCUGGUUUUGCCUCGUCUGCAGCUCUGGGAUCAGCUUUGCUCUCCACCUCUCUCUAUGUGAGCAGCUGCUUGUAUCUGACUCUAGAUCAGCCGCUCUGAAGAGUCCACGCCUAUUUAUACACUUGGAUAACGCCCCCUGCGCGACGUCAUUGGCUAGAGGCAUUGACGCAAGAGCAUUCGAAUUGGAAGGCGAUUGGCUGAUGCGGCUGUCAUUCAAUGUCACCGAACGUGAUGGGCCAAUGAGAGAGCGCGUUCGGCUCUUUGUUCCUCCCGCUCGGCCGGUGACGCAGAGGGUCAUGUGUUGUUUGUGCUUCUGGCCCGUAGAGAUGUGUGUGCAGGAGGAGAAGGGAAAGGGUUUUGCUAACCGAGCUAGCCGGAUCCUCCCGAUUAUAGAGAAAACACGGGCUUGAAUUGAACGUGGUCAUGUCGCACACGGUGGGAUUCAUUUCGUGAAACACCCCUACAACAACUAAAAACACCUUUUAAUAUCGGAAUUGCUGCUUUUAAGAGGAUAAAGAGGGGAAAAGGAAAAAGGGGGACUCGUUUCUUUCUUUUUUUUUGGCGGAGUAACAAAGCCGGGUGUCUGUGAGUAUUGCAAAUCUGAGCUGGCCUAGCCUGGACUCAAAAACAAGACAAGAAUGGGGUCUAGGUCCAGUCGGAUUAGCUUGCAAGUAAAGUGACCUUUGAUUUGUUUUUUCUCUCUAAUGGCUAAUUUCACUAAUUACCAGGAAGGCAAAGCAGCGAUGUUGAUGCUGGAGACGCAGCAGCAGCAGCAGAGGGACGUAGGGACGAAAUCUACAUCUACCACCACUGCAAAUGGAGAUAGCUUGGUCGGGGAACCCCCUUCCUCUUCCCCGUUAAUUAAUAUAGGAGGAGGAGGAGGAGGAAGUGGUGGUUCUCGUUUCCAUCAACAUUUACCUCCCUCAAACCACCUCCAUCAUCACCACCACCACCACCUCCUUCUUAGCCACCAUCACCCGCCAAAGGAUCAACAACAACAACAACAGCAGCACCAUCACUACCAGCAUCUUUCCGGGGAAAACAUAGCAGAGUCCCCCGGUAGGAAAGCCUCCUCCUCCUCCACCACCUCCUCCUCCUCUUCGUCUCUCGGCCAGGUACACACAGCCGAGGACCCCACUGCUGCUGCUGCUGCUGUUGCUGCCUCCUCCUCCAGCAGCAGCAGCAGCCAUGUAUACACGUCUGUGAGCGUCCCAAAUACCUCGGAUGUUGUGGAUGAUAUUCGCAAAUGUGGCUAUUUAAGAAAGCAGAAGCAUGGACAUAAAAGGUUUUUUGUGCUUCGGGCUGCCAGCCACCUCGGGCCGAGCCGUCUGGAGUACUACGACAGCGAGAAGAAAUUCAGGAACAGCCUCCGAUCUGCUGCCACGGCCGCAGCCAGUGGUGGGGCGGUCGCCCCUUCUCCCCCUAAAAGGGUUAUUUACCUCUACCAGUGCUUUACGGUAAACAAAAGGGCGGAUUCCAAAAACAAACACCUCAUUGCCCUUUACACUAAGGACGAGUACUUUGCCAUUGUGGCUGAAAACGAGCAGGAGCAAGAGGACUGGUACGUGGCUGUCAGUGAGCUGAUGAGCGAAGGGAAAAAAGGGCAUUUGGAUUCAGAUGAUUUAGAUGAUGGAUACGGUACAGUCACCCCUGGUACUGUGUUUAAGGAGGUGUGGCAGGUGAAUGUCAAACCUAAAGGACUGGGUCAAACUAAAAACCUCACAGGUGUGUACCGGCUAUGCCUCUCAACUAAAACCAUACACCUCGUUAAGUUGAACUCUGAAACCCCCUGUGUUAACCUGCAGCUGAUGAAUAUCAGGCGCUGCGGACACUCUGAAAGCUUCUUUUUCAUCGAGGUGGGUCGCUCCUCCUCGAUCGGGCCCGGGGAGAUAUGGAUGCAGGUGGAUGACUCCGUCGUGGCCCAAAACAUGCACGAGACUAUCUUGGAGACGAUGAAAGCUCUGAAAGCUUUUGCAGAGUUUCGACCGAGGAGUAAAAGCCAGUCUUCAGGCUCCAACCCGAUGCCGUUUAUCACAACGCGGCGUCACCUGGGCAACCUGCCACCGAGCCAGACGGGGCUGCAGCGGCGGUCGAGGACAGAGUCAGUUGUUGGAACGCCGCCGUCAAGUAAGAGCUCGGGGGCCAGUGGUUACCGCUUCCGCACAUCCAGCGAGGGCGAGGGGACGAUGAACCGGCCGUUCCGCUCCGCCACAGGAAGUUUAGUUCACCUAAACUCAGCACGUGCCCAUCACGGUCGUCAGGAAGGCGGCAGCGGUGGCGUUGGAGUGAGUGGCGUCGCCACAGGAAACGCCGGCACAAGCACCGGCGGCGGCGGCGGACGCUACGUCAGAGCCAUCCCGGGGUCGUCAGCAUCUACAUACCACGCCCGCUCCGCCUCGCUCCCCGUCUCCCACUUCCCCUCCACCACCAGCCCCGUCAGCGUCUCCUCCAGCAGCGGGCACGGCUCCGUUUCGGAUACGCUCACCCGCCCGUCGAGCGCCUCGAUAUGCGGCUCGCCGUCCGACGGCGGUUUCAACUCUUCGGACGAGUACGGCUCCAGCCCCGGCGACUUCAGGUACUUCCGGGUGCGGAGUAACACCCCGGACUCUUUGGGAAACACCCCACCAAUCAGAGAGGAGAAUUGCCUAAAUGAUUACAUGGCGAUGGGGUGGAAUCGGGAGGUUUUUGGCGCCGGCUCCGGAAACAACAGCGGAGGCGACACGCCGCGUGACGAAAGCACGUCGACGGCGGAGGACGACCGCUUUUCUUCAUCGUCGCUAAGAAGGAGGACGCACUCUUUCUCUAGACCUGCUGGAGGAGCGACAGGCGGCUCCGGAGUGGCUGUUUACCAAAAAAUGACCCAAACCAACUUCUCUUUAGAGGAGGGGUCCGAUGUGGUGUUACCAUUCGGCAGCGGGUUACUCCGUGGCGGCCCCUCCUCCUCCUCUUCCUCGCUCCGCUCCGACUACAGCUCCUGCUCCGAGCACAGCCAGCAGAGCCGCCCCUCCACGCUCUCCCGGACGGACGCCGGCAGCGAGCGCCCCCCUCUCUCCACCUCCUCCUCCUCCGCCAAGGAAGACAGCGGCUACAUGCCCAUGAUGUGCGGCGUGGCUGCGUCGCCGCGGGAUACGCCUCCCGACUACAUGCCUAUGCAACCCAGCUCUUACUCACACCACGUCUCCCAUUCCCCCCAGUUUCACCACAGCCCAGCUUUAAGCCACCGCUCGGCCCAUCACCCCCCGCAGCUCCAAUCCCAAUCCUCCACGGACUCCCACGGCUACAUGAUGAUGCUCCCGGGGGGCGGCGGCAGCUCCCCCUCCCCGGUUCAAGCCUCCCCGAGCCCUCAUAGCAGCUCCAGCAUGGCGGGGGCAAGUGGGAGCGAUAGCAUAGCAGAAAGACCUGAAAACGGGGAGUAUAUGGACAUGUCGUACAGCAACAGCGGGGGACGCAAGCUCCUAAAUGAAGGGAGUAGCGGGUACUACACACCUGGCACACCUGAGGGCACCUCCAAAUCUUACAGCCCUUAUUUCUCCCUCCCUCGCUCCUACAAAGCCCCCACAAGAGAGAGGGAUGAGAAGGAGUACGGGGAGUACGUUCCUAUGAGUUCCCCCGCCAAGCCGGUGUACUCAUCAGUUGCCACGGGGUCAAUUACGACACCUGAGAAGAGGAGCGGAGGAGGAAGUAGCACCUCCACUCCGUCUCACCCACCACCGCCUUACGGAGCUCACCACACGACCGCCGCGCUAGCCGACCGGCGCGUCGUGAGGCCCAACCGCCUCCCGUUAGGCAGGAGGAGUUUUCACGGCCCGCUGCGGGUUAGUGAGCCCUCCUCGGCGUCUGCAGGCACCUCCACCUCAGUCCCCGCCACUGGCAGCGCCCCCGAAGGACCCUCGAGUCCCGGAGAGUAUAUCAACAUCGAGUUUGGAGAUCACUACCCCCACCAACAGCAGCCCCCCGCCUAUCCUCUCUCUGCCCAAGACGAAGCGCCUUCCUUGGGCUCCGGUGAUAGCUGUCACUCCCCCCCCCACCAGCCCCAAACUCACCAGGACUACAUGAGCGUGGAGGUGGGUGUCGACCAGCAGGACAGCGCUGGAUGUCUGGGUAAAAACCAGUCACCCAGACCGAGCCUCGUCGCCCCCUGGAACCCGCCCAGCUACAUCCGACCCCUGGCUGCCAAUCCUGGGGCGCUGGCCUCCCCCGGAGUCCCCGCCGGGGGUCACUGGCGGUCGAUGGGGGACGACUACACGGACAUGACGUUUAACCUCAGCAGCAGAGGUGAGAGGACGCAAACGAGCCCCACGGCCAUGCUGCAGCACCUCUGUGUGAUAGAGGGGCGUUACGGCCACGCUCCCUCCGCCUCCUCCUCAUCCAUCUCCCCCACCCUCCCUCCGUCGAGCCCCAGCAGGGCGCCGGUCCAGCAGCCGGAGCCCAAGGUGGUUCGAGCUGACCCACAAGGCAGACGGAGACACAGCUCGGAGACGUUCUCCUCCACUUCCUCCUCUAAUUCGACUCCCUCUGGAGGAGUGGGAGGAGGACUCGGCCCCUCAUCCUCAGCCGCACACCCUGCUCCCGCCCCUAACGGAUCUUACCUAACGGAGGGUCAGGCUUCCAGGUGGGCCAGCUCGGCGUCUUUUGACAGCGUGUGGAUGUCCGUGGAGGGUCUAGGAGGGGAUUCGCCGGCUCACCAGGCUCAGACCAGAGCUUCGGAAGCGGGCGCCACCUCCGGAGCCUCGGCAGCAUCCUCCUCCUCUUCCUCGGGAGCCAGUCGAAUGUGCAGGAACAUGUCCGUGGGGUACCAGAACGGCCUCAACUACAUUGCCUUGGAGCUGAGAGAGGACGGGAGUAACGCAGGAGGAGCCACGACGACGUCAGGAGGCGGUAGCAGCAGCAACGGGAGCUCUUCGGCGGCGGCGGCGGUGGCGGCAGGGACGGGGACUGUACCUCUACCGGAAAACGGAGCCUACGCCAGUAUAGACUUCACCAAAUCUGAUGGAGUCACUACAACAACUAAGGACUGAGCAACGAGACGACAGAGGUUCCCCCCCACCCACCACCACCUUCCUCCUCCUCCCUCUUCUCCUCCUCUUCCUCUUCCUCCUCAUCUCUCUGCUCGGGGCACUUGACUCUGCCUGUGACCUUUUGGCCUUCCUCCUCUC